GGGUACCCUAUUGAACUCACAGGUACUCCUGCAACUUUUGCGCGCACUGAUAUUCUUUUACAUUUUCAUCUCUCUGUCAGAUAUAAAUUAUACUUCUACGUUAUAUUUUCUGUUAUUAUAUACAAGGUUUCAAAACUAUUAAAAUAAAGUGGAGGGAGAUGAACGAGUCGACUGCUCCAUGCAAAAAUAACUUGUAAAAUGUGAGGUUUGUCCUACCUCGUCUUUCGUACAUGCACUGGAUCUCUCACUGACUGGCAAAGUGAGACCGCUGGCAACAGAACAUUUUUCAUCUCGGGAGACCAUGGGGAAAGUGGAUUUAAAAAUCCAUUGUAUUUUAUUUUUCUUCGUCAUCUCAGUGCAGGGUGGAUUUUCAGAGGAAUAUGGAGCACACCUGGGAGAAAAAUACAUACUUUUACAGAGAGUGAGACGCCAGAGCAAACCAGCAAAAUCUUUGCUGAAGGUGACAGACUACCAUGUGAGGUGUUCUGUCAUGUCUCGCUACGCCCACACCACCGUCCAGAGCUCUGUGUGGAACCAGCUAGCUGUCACCAAGGAGGCAGCCUUCGAGGUAGACCUGCCCUCAGCUGCAUUCAUCUCCAACUUCACUAUCACCUCCAAUGGCAAAGUGCACAUCGCCCAGGUGAAGGAGAGGAGUGCCGCCAGGAAGAUCUAUGACGCAGCCAAGAAGCAAGGAAAAACAGCUGGACUUGUUGCCACCAAGGAGAGGGAGAUCGAGAAGUUCCGCAUGGCGGUGAGUGUUCCCUCUGGGACCCGGAUGUCCUUCUCGUUGUCCUACGAGGAGCUGCUGCCCCGCAGGUUGGGUCGCUAUGAACUGACCCUGGGCCUGAGGCCUGGAGGACUGGUCACUAACCUCACCCUGGAUGUCAGCAUAGCAGAGAGGACAGGAUUCAGCUUCGUCAAGGUCCUCCCGCUGAAGUCCAGCCGACUGCUCUCCAACACUGUCACAGGUGAGACAGAAGCCCCAGCCUCCACUCAGAUCCAGCAGAACCCUUGUUGUGCCCAUGUUCAUUACCACCCCAGCCUGCAGCAGCAGAGCAGUGUCUCCUCUAAGGGACUCAACGCUGACUACAUCAUCCAGUACGAUGUAGAGCUGAGCGACCUCAUGGGAGACAUCCAGGUGUUUGAUGGAUACUUUGCCCACUACUUUGCACCUCGGGGGCUUCCUGUGGUCCCCAAGGAUAUCAUCUUUGUCAUUGAUGUCAGUGGCUCAAUGAUUGGCACCAAGAUCAAACAGACAAAGCAGGCAAUGUCCACUAUCCUGGAAGACCUUCGUGAAGGGGACCACUUCAACAUCAUCACCUUCUCAGACAAGGUCCUCACCUGGAAGAAGGGUCGCACAGUGAGGGCCACGCGGAAUAACGUACGAGACGCUAAGGAAUUCGUCAAGAGGAUCAUCGCUGAGGGAUGGACCAACAUCAACGCGGCCCUCCUCUCAGCCGCCCAGCUAGUCAACCCUUCCGUCUCUUCCCCCUCCUCGUCCUCCUCCGGUGGUGCCCGCCGGGUCCCUCUGGUCAUCUUCUUGACGGACGGUGAGGCAACCAUCGGUGUGACGUCCGGUGACGCCAUCCUUAGCAACGCUAAGAGCGCCCUGGGCUCCGCCUCUCUGUUCGGCCUGGCCUUCGGUGACGACGCCGACAUCACACUGCUGCGGCGCCUGGCACUGGACAACCGUGGCAUGGCGAGGAUGGUGUACGAGGACGCAGACGCCGCACUCCAGCUGAAGGGAUUCUACGAUGAGGUAGCCAGCCCGCUACUGUCAGACAUCCAGCUGACCUACCUGGAUGACCAGGCCUUCGACGUCACACGCUCCCUCUUCCCUAACUACUUCCAGGGCUCUGAGCUGGUGGUCACUGGGAAGGUCAAGCCCGGGGUCAGGAAUCUGAAGGUGUCUCUGACAGCCAGUGACUCCAAGCAGAAGGUGAAGGUUGAGAAUGACGUGUUGGUGUCUAAAGGAGAGGAGAAUGGGACAGCGUCCUGCAUGGGCUGCCCUGGGGGCAUGGAUAGGAUCUCCAGCUUCGUACAUCGUCUCUGGGCUUACUUCACUAUCAAAGAGCUGCUGCUGGCCAAACUGAACAGCACCGACCCGGCCAUGCAGAAACUGCUGGGCGAGAAGGCCACCAACCUCUCCCUCAAGUAUAACUUUGUCACGCCUGUUACUUCCCUCGUUGUAGUCAAGCCUGAUGCGGAUGAAAUUCCUACCAAAGCGUCAACUACGACAGCUCAACCCACCACCACCACCACCAAGCCCACCACCACAACUAAUACAGCUACUACAACAACCACAGUUGCCCACACUACUGCCACCAAAAUAGCCUCCCCCAUCCCUGUGAAAAAACCCAGGACUAACGAAGCUAGACCGGACGCUCUUGUCACCAAGCCUCCACCUCCCCAACCUCCACCUCAACCCAGAAAGGCCUCCCCCCCUUUCAGCCCAGCGAAAACAGUGGCUCCAACAACCCCCAAGAAAACCACUACGACUAGCACCCCCAGCCCCAGUGCAGUCAAAACCAUCCCUGCCCCUCUCUCAGCAAAAACCCCCACUCCUCCUCCCAGCUCUCCUAAAACUGCCCCUGCCCCUCCCACCAGGAUAGUCUCUACACCCCUGGCCAACUCGCUCAAAACAGCUGCUGCUCCUACACCUGGGAAAACCACCACCAGCCCUCCAUCCAACAUAGUAAAGACAGUCCCUACCACACCACCCACCACAGUUAAUCCUACAGUCCCUACAACUGUGAAAACCACCACCUCCACUACCACCACCUCAGUCAGAACCGAUCCAACCCCUGCUCUACAGCCUGGGAAACCCGCUACGCCCCUGCCCAUCUCUGUUAGAACAGUCCUCCCUCCAGUUAGAAUAUCUCUCUCCUCCUCCUCUUCAGAGAACGCCACCAUGUCUGCCACUGCUGCCCACCAACCUCAGGUCACCACACUCCUGUACAGUGUUCUGUCUGUCUCCCCUACUCCAGCUCCACAGGGCAGUAACACAGACCUAGACUCAGACGUAGACCAGAUUGCCACCUUUGUCUCUGCAACAUUUGCCCCCAUGCCAGGCGUCACAGACAGGCCUAAACUGUUGGAGGCUGCAGGACUAUUGGAUGUCUCCACUUCCAUCCAGAUCCAUAGAAAAGAUAUGGACCUGGUUAAAGAUUAUGAUGCAACCUACGAAUACGACUACGACCUCAACUAUGAUUCCUGGGAUGAAUCAGCAUCAGAUCUUCGGCCGGGCCCCCCCUCCAUACAGAGUUCUGUCAGAGUCUUCUCCUCGUCUGUUGAUGGAGACCCUCAUUUUAUGGUCCAGCUCCCCAAACUGAAACAGAAUCUGUGUUUCACGGUGGAUGGCAGGGCCAACGACGUACUGAGACUGCUGGAAGACCCAGAGACAGGUAUCACGGUGGACGGUCAUCUAAUAUGGGCUCCGUCCAAGCAAGACAAAGAGGACCGCUCCCGCACUUACUUUGACCAGAUAACCAUCUCUGCUGCCAUGGGCGGGCACGGUGGGCUGGGUGGCAUAGUGAUCACACUCUCAUUGGACGCUGUGGUGGUGGAAGGGGAGGGACGGGACACCCUACCCACUAAUCAGCAGGGAUCUGUGACAAGGCAGGGUGUGGCGGUUUCCAUGGACACCAGAGAUGACAUCCAUCAGAGCUGUUGGAUCGAGCUGGCGAAGGAUAUUCGUUUCCUGGUUCUGUUCCACCACUACAAACACCCCAGCUACCUGCAGAUGGCACACCUCGGAUUCUACAUCACUGAUGGACAAGGGCUCUCUACUUCAACCCAAGGCCUACUGGGCCAGUUCCAGCAUGCUGACAUGAGUGUGAUGCCGGUGAAGGACCCUAGUGACACACUGCCCCAGCCUAGUAAAGAGGGGGUCCUGUCCAGGGGGGUGCUGAGGUGGGGGGCGAUACACGUACCCAUCACCCUACAGGACAAGACCCUGAAGGACACAGUGAGGAAACGUCACCUGGGCAGGUGUUGGGUAGUGCCCAAGGCACAGGUGGAGAAACUGUUGGGUCAUCCAUACCAGAGCUACGUGGUGGAUAACAUGUAAAUACUCAGUUGCGCUUUUCAAAUGUCCAUCCAGUAUUAGCACACUACUUAGAAUAUACAUGCCUAAUACAUUGCUUCAUACUAAGUGUUAUGCUAGUAUGGAGAUUGGAACCAAGCCACUCAUCUAGCUACCAUCUCCACUUCAAAGCUGGGCAGCUCAGGCCAUGGGAAACUACAGUGUUUCUGCAAGGACAAACAGCACUGGGACUAGGGUGCUGCUGGCUAGCCUUCAAUACCAACAUCACAUAGUGGGUUAUUACUCUCUCCUCUGAAAGCGUCGAUUGCAGUGUGCAUGAAUGCAUAUUCAUGAUAAUGAAAAUGAGAGACAGAGAGACAGAGAGCGGGACACAAAGAGAGAACAAGAGACAGAUAGAAUGAUAAACAAAGACAAAAGAGCGAGAGAAAUAGAGAGAGAGAUAGAGUCCAGUAACUAAGCUAAAGAAUGAUGAGGUAAUUCACAGAGGUGUCAGACAUGAUAAGAUAAUGUAGGAGAUGGGAUGAUGUCAUUGCACCAGUGUCUUUCUGAAACAGGGACAGACUUCGACUUCUGCUGUUAACAUGGCAAAAGUAAGAUUGUUAAUUGUCUCUAUACUUCUGUCGACAAAUGCUGCUUGAUCUUGACAUACAGCUAAUUCCAAACACUUGUUCGCAAAAAUCAUAUGCUUCAUUAGGACUUAUAUCAUUCCAAUGUCAUAACAAAUAUAUGAAUAGAUCAUUUGAUUUGAGCAAUUUUGUAUACAGUGUCAGAGUUGUAUUUUAAUUGUUUAAGUUUUAUUGUGAAGUAUAAGUUAUAAAAUGACUACAUCUUAUAAAAAUUGGCUAUGGAACUCGUUGUGGUCUUAUUGGAAUAGUUUUACACAUACAAUAAUUUACUUUACAUUGUAGUCAUUUAGCAUAUUUUCAUACUGGCCCCCCAUGGGAAACGAACCCACAACUCUGGCGUUGCAAGCGCCAUGCUCUACCAACUGAGCUACACGGGGCCACUUCAGUUGAAAAACAUUGGAUUUGACUUUUUAGGUUUGCCAUGUGCUUUUUAUUUUUUCUGUCAUUUCGUUCAUAGUUUCAUUCAUUUUAUUUGUUUGUUACACAAGACAUUAUUAGGCAUUGUUCACAUACUAGUGAUCAAACAAAGGACUGUAAGUUGUCUACUACUCAGACUGACCUAUGUUUUCCUCAAUUUCAAGGGAUAUCAUCAAUAUAAUAUUUGUCAAAGGCAAAAACUCUUAAAUUAAUACAGUACAACCACAUUUUAGGCUUUUGUUUAAAUAAAUAAAAAAGAGAUAACAGCGUCUAGUGGUGAGGAAGGGAAAAAUGUCAAAAUAUAACUAGAUAAGCUUGCAGAGUAAACUCAACACUAUUCCAGUAUUACCAAGCUAACAUGAUUCCAGAAUGAAAUUCACACAAAGUGUAAAAAUGUGCAGUCUGUAGAAAUUAGUCUAAAGGGUUAAAAGCUUGAAAUGAACCCCAACCUGUUAAUAAUGUUUAACCCAUGUAACACUAAUAAUAACCACUAAAUCAGGUGAAACAUGACACAUGACACAGCAAAUAACAACAAAGCAAAAUCAAUGACAUCUGAAUAUAUGCAUCACUUUGAGAUCAGUUACGUUAUGAUAAUAUAACAAACUAAUAGCAGAGAAGCAUAGUCAGCAUUUCACGUAAACCUUCCAUCACAAUAACAAGUGAAAUUAAAAUUUAAAAAAUACCAUUAUAAUAAUAAGACACAUAAAGCCACCCCAAACAUGUGAUAACUGUGUAGUUUAGAGAUAUAGUUAUGGAGGGACUACAGGAAGGAAUAGGUAAUAAUUCACACUAGCUUCCACCAUGUUACGGUAAUAAUGUUUGAAGGGAUAGGUUGUGGCAUCUAUCUCACCAUGGCUGCCCACCAUUGAUAUGUAAUGUACUGUAAAUAAGUAACCACACUGCAGAUCCAAACCUCAAAACAAUGUCAUGCAUGGAAACAUAUAGAUGAAGAGAACACAGCUAACUCCAAAGGGUCAGACAGAAUGGAGGUUAAGGGUAGCUACAAUGGGGGAGACUGACGUAGGGCCCAGCCAAGUCCACAGAACCACUGGCGUUACUAGACCAUAGAAAUAGAUUGACUAGAAUUCUAAGAUUUUAUCUCUAUGUAAUAAUAUACUAUGUGGGUAGUAGUUAGUGGAAAUACAAUGAUCACAGUUAGCAGUCAUGAAAUACACAGGACAUUUGGUGCAUCAAGUCAAUCAACUGACAUCAAUAUCCCUCGAAGGACAGGAAUAAUCUGCAGAUUACAUUGUUUUUAAAUAUAAUGAAAUGAUCACAUUUUUAGAGAACCCGAACAUAUUGAAUAAGACCCCAAAUUAAGGCUAAAACCAAGUAAAAGCAUAUUGGUUCAUACUCUGGGGAGGCACUUUAUACCGUGGCCUCAGGACUUUUUGUAAUACUGCAUUCUGUUAAGUGUUUUACAUUUUGGGAGUGUCAGUUUUUCCCUCCACUAGCUACUGUAAGGUUGCCUAGCAGGAGUUCAAAGGGAAUGAGUCUCUCUGUGUGACAUACACAACAAGGGUUAGUUAAACCAUAACAUGAUCUGGUGCUUCCUUUCACUACAAGCCGAGAGUUCAGUCUGCCUUCUUUAAAACAAAAGUGACACUUUCCUCAUCUCAAGUCUGCGACAUACCUACAUUGGUUCUUAUCACCUUGGCGCCUUCAUCGCAGCUCAACAUGUAGUGAUCUGAUCUGACCUCCCUUUUGAUUAAAACUCUCUGAUUCCAUGACAAACUCUUCCAUACUUAUUCAUGUAACCUCACCAACAUGCCUAACCUCCAGACAGACCCUCACAGUUAUAUCUCUCUCGCUUUUCUAUAAAACAAAUGACCUUUUCAGUGUUUGACCUCAUAAAGUCCACUUCAGAGUAUCAGUCCAUGUUUCCAUUUCAAAUUCAGUAAACUUUAUAACUUCAGCAAGUGAAAAUGUGCACUAAAUCUUUUUUUUUUUUACAACUCAGAAUGGUGUAAAUAUAAA